CAGUGCUAUCAGAUAGCUGUGCAGCCGUUCAGCAGUGAGCAGCAGUUACUUACAAUCGGUGAACCAGGACUGUACUUUGCCUUUACCAAUGAGGACUUUUUAACUCGUUAGAAACCCUGGCCAAAGGAGAGCUUACAAAGAUGAAGUACAAGAAUCUAAUGGCAAGGGCUCUGUAUGAUAAUGUUCCAGAAUGUGCAGAAGAGUUAUCAUUCAGAAAAGGGGACAUUCUGACAGUGAUUGAGCAGAACACUGGAGGUCUUGAAGGAUGGUGGUUAUGCUCAUUACAUGGCCGUCAAGGCAUUGCACCUGGAAACAGACUGAAGCUUCUCAUUGGUCCUGUGUCUGAUAGUUCUAAACAUGGCAUUUCCAAACAGGAGAUACCACUUCAACCAUGCUUCCAGCAACAAAUCUACCAAGUUCCACACCCUUCCUACCAAGACCCAGUAUACCAAGUGCCACCAUCCCACCACAACCAAGGGGUCUGUAAACCUUCAGGAGGUCACGGCUUAGAAGAUACUUCACAAUUUGUAGACCGUAUAGAUGGUUCUCCUGGUAACAAAGGCAUAACCCAAAACCGCAUGGGAUGGGAAUGUUCUCCAAGAUGGCAAGGAAAUGUCUACGAUAUUCUUCCUACUAGACCACAGGGGGUUUAUGAUGUUCCUCCUGCUAUGAAAAGUUUAAAUUAUUCAAGUCCCGCCAGGGAAACUAGUUUACAAGAAAUUUACGAUGUCCCUUCUUCACAAGGGAUUUACAAUACUUUACCAUCCACCAUGGAGAAGAUAUAUGACUUUCCAUCUCCAUUAAACCAAAAAGCUGAACCAACUUAUGACACUCUUCCGCCAAGUUCUAAAACUGUGUGUCAAGAGCAGUGCCGAAAACCAAAUGGUGUGUGUCCAUCACCAGCUGAGUCUGUAUUAAGGAAACAUAGUCUGUAUGACUUUCCGAGGAGCCAACAGACUGCCCAGCAGUCAGAUGAUUAUGACUUUCCUCGAAGUAUUCAGUCCUCUGCAGAGAGUGAAGGUUUUGCAUCAGAUGAUCAGGAUGGAGUAUAUGACUUCCCACCACACACAUUACAUGACAGUAAAGUCCUCCAUGAUGUUACAGAUGGCGUAAACAGAUUGUCAUUCUCCAGCACUGGAAGCACAAGGAGCAACAUGUCUACAUCUUCCACAACAUCCAAGGAGUCCUCUAUAACGUCCUCCCCUUCUCAGGACAAAAGGUUGUUGUUAGAUCCAGACACAGCCAUAGAAGUGCUUUUGAAACUUCAGCAGACUGUAGAAGCUUCUGUAAAUAGGUUAACAACAUUUGUCAACACAGAUUGGCGGUCUUAUGCAUACAUGGAGAAACAUAUAAAUGAAAUCCACGCUACUGUGGAUGGAGUAGAGCAAUCUCUAAAUGAAUAUCUCAAAUUUGCAAGGGGUGCCACAAGUAACGCAUCCUGUCUUUCAGAAUCAGGACUCUACAAUAAAAUGAAAAGGGAAUUCCAGAGACUAGGAGAUUCACACCAGAUUCUCACCCAGACCAGCCAAGAACUUUGUAACUGCAACUGGUCGUUAAAUGUUCUUGCUUUUAAUAAAGCAAACAGCAAGUGUGACAGCCUUGAAAGGUUUGUCAUGGUAGCUAGGACAAUUAUAGAUGAUGCUAAACAGCUAACUACCUCCAUCAGUGUGAAUGCUGAGCUUUUAUUCAAGCAGUCGACCAUUGGCUUUUACAAAAAGAGACCGUCCGAGACCAUCGGCACUGUUCCAGACUAUGUAUACAACAUUACCAAGUCACCAGUAUUACAGGAUGACCAUGUCCUGAAUCCUGGGCUUCCUUUUCCACACAUAAUAAAAGACCAGCCUCCUAACUACAAGGGUCGUGAUGGGUCUUUGAGAAGUUGGAUGGAUGAUUAUGACUAUGUUCACUUACAGGGGAAAGAAGAAUUUGAACGUCACCAAAGAGAACUUUUAGAAAAGGAAAAUAUUAUAAAGCAUGGCAAACCACAACUGGAACAACAGCAGCUAAGUCAAUUCCAGCAGCUGGAGAAAGAGAUUACCACACCGGUGGAAAAUGAUAUCUCAAAGUGGAAAUCGCCUCAGAGCGUCCCAGCAGAGAGCAGUACCCUGGCACCUCAAGAUAAACAGUUGCUAUAUUUCUACUCUGAACAAUGUGAGGCACUCUUUAUUUCCCUGUUGAAUGCUAUUGAUGCCUUCUUCAACUGCAUGAGCACGGCUCAACCUCCCAGGAUUUUUGUUGCCCACAGCAAGUUUGUCAUUUUAAGCGCCCACAAACUAGUCUUCAUUGGGGACACAUUGUCAAGACAGGUUGUUACACAAGAAAUCUGUAACAGACUAAUGAAUUCCAGCAACCAGCUGUGCGAACUCCUUAAAAAUAUUGUCAUGGCAACUAAAAUGGCUGCUUUGAACUAUCCCAGCUCUGGGUCAUUGCAGGAAAUGGUGGACAGAGUGACGGAAUUGUCUAGUCAAGCACAACUUUUCAAGCUUUCUUUGGCUCAGAUGGCUGCAUUAUGAGGAGAAUGGAAUUUGUUUAUAUGUGUAUAUCUUGUCCAUAAUAUGCUUGGCAUUUAUUGUAUUCUAUAUAAAUAUAUUGUUAUAUUUUUGUAGAUUUUGUUUUUUAUGAAUUGUGGAAGAAAAAAAAGUUGGCAAUUUUUUUUUGUGUGCAAAUUAUUAUGAUUAUUUUUUUUAUUUCCUUAGGAUAUGACCCAGUGUUACUUCGUAACAUUCCUCAUGUUCACCUCAUGUAAUGAGCACCUUAUAAUGUGUGUGUGUGUGUGAUAAUCUGAAAUGAAAACUUUACAAACAUUGCAAUCUGUGCUGUAAAAUGCUCAUGUAAAUUACAUCUACCAAACUCCAAUUCGCUAAAUGAAUUCCAUGGUGAUACGUCCAUAGUAAACUUCGGUUUGUUUGUUUUUAGCAAUCUAGUGUAAUUUAAUAGAUUGACUCAAAAUGAAUAACACGCUUGGAGUCUGAGCAGUCCCUAAUAUAACUAUAUAUUUCUAGGAUUUGAUAAAAAUAGAAACAUCUGCAAGGUCAAUCAUGUAUUCCUAAACAUCUACAAAACUUUCAUUGAUCACUUGUGAAAAUUCUUACUGUGCAACACACAAUUCUCUAUUUUAGAAACUGAAUUUCCAAUAUGCUGCUUUGAUACCAAGGGGUCAAAAUUCAUGUAGAAAAAUGUCAAAAACUCAGAGAGUUAUAAAUAAAUAAUCAUUUUUAUUAAA